AUGUCUAGCAAAGGGUGUUUAAUUUUUCAGCUAAUUGUUUUUCUAUAUUUAGUCGCUGAGAUAACUUCUAGAUUUGAGUUUACCAACGUCAAGUGCACCAGUUUGGAUAAGGAGUUUGGCGAUUUUGAACAUUGUUUUCUGAAGUCGGUAAAUCGAAGCUAUAAAUAUCUGUCGGUCAAGUUUAAUCUACGCAAGACUCCGGUGACUAAAGUUAAAGUAAAUUUAGCUAUGUUCAAACGAUACAAUGGCUAUCGACCUUUUAUGUACAAUAUUACUGUGGAUGCCUGUAGAUUCCUUAGAAACCGAAAAUCAAGUCCAGUCAUCAACUUUUGGUUUAACAUUGUCGAAAACUACUCGAAUUUAAAUCAUUUGUGUCCUUUUAAUCAUGAUAUAUCAUUAGAAAAGCUUCCAGUCGCAACUGUGAACUUCCAAGUUACAGAUGUGCUGCCUUUUCCCGAGGGAGAUUAUCUAAUCGAAACCCAUUGGAUGCCGUACGAUAUUAAGAAAGCAGUGCUAAAAUUAUAUGGCACUCUCUCCUAA